AUGAUUCUAGCCGGGCAUGCCAAUUUCCAGACCCCUGAGACCCCUGGGGUUAUUCAGUAUUUGACCAAAGCAAGGGAAGAGUUCGACGACAGAUGGUCUAAAAACCCGAAGAGCGAUGUCACCCUAGAUGACUUUGACAUUAAGCGGACACUAGGCAGUGGAUCUUUUGGAAGGGUGGUGCUAGCACAAUACAAGCACAGCAAGAAGGACAAAUUUGUAGCCAUCAAAAUACUCGACAAAGAUCAGAUUAUGAAACAGAAGCAAGUAUCUCACACUGUAGGGGAGAAGAAGAUUUUGAGCUGCUGUCAGUUUCCCUUUCUCGUCAAACAGUACUUUGCUUUCAAGGAUAACAGCUAUCUUUACAUAGCUCUGGAAUUCGUAUCAGGUGGAGAGUUAUUCACCCAUCUUAGAAACGCAAAGAGAUUUGGAGAAUCGCGAACUCGUUUUUACGGAUCUCAAGUCGUACUUGCUUUUGAGUAUUUGCACUUCAUGAACCUGAUUCAUCGGGAUUUGAAACCAGAGAAUCUUCUGAUAGACCACAGAGGGUAUGUAAAGCUGACUGAUUUUGGCUUUUGCAAACGACUUGAUGGCCGUGCCUGGACUCUGUGCGGGACUCCGCAGUAUUUAGCACCUGAAAUUAUUUUGAGCAAGGGCUAUUCGAAAGCUGUUGACUGGUGGACUUUUGGAGUGCUGAUGUUCGAGAUGGCAGCUGGCUACUGUCCUUUCCACGCCAAGAAACACAUUAAACUCUACGAGAAAAUAGUGGCGGGGGAGGUCGAAUUUCCCGAACAUUUUUCUCCCCAGCUGAAAGACAUCGUCCGUUGCCUUCUCCAAGUGGAUGUGACGAGACGCUACGGAGCCCUAAGAAACGGGACACAGGAUGUGAAGAAUCACAAGUUCUUUGCUUCCGUCGACUACAUCGCCACUUACCAGCGAAAAAUGGAGCCACCAUUUGUGCCUGACAGCGGCGGCGACGAAGGAGAUGCGAACAACUUCGACGAGCAGAAGGAAAAAUCUUUAGACAUUGCCUCCAAGUGCAAAUAUGAAGAAGAAUUUAUCGAUUUUUAA